AAUAGUCUCUGUACUGCGCGUUCGGUAGAUUUCGUCUUCCGUAAUUUGCAGUCGAUCAGAGAGGAGAAGGAGAAGCUUGCCGGAGGAGGAAGGAGGAGGAGAUGGCGAAUCAGGGGGCGAAGAAGCGAAAGGAAGAGAAUGCCCGGCAUAUGUCCAACCUCCGCCGCCUCAUCAUCGCCUGCAAUGUUGUUUACAUAUUGGUGAGAAUGGUUAUAUUCCAUUCCUCGUUUACCUGGAAACAUUGGGUCAGCCUAGGGAUCACAACUGCAGCUUACGUGAUUCCCUAUCUCCAACUCGCUAGUAUGGCGAGACCCACUUAUGCUGACGACGGAGAUCUUCUAGAUGGAGGGUUUGACAUGAGUACUGGUGGAGUCUGUGGCUAUUUACAUGAUGUGGUCUACAUCACCAGCUUUGUGCAGCUUGCAUCAAUCAUAUCAGGAAAAUUCUGGUACACAUAUUUGGUGAUUCCCGCAUUUGGAGCAUAUAAAUCAUUUAACUUCAUCAAGGGAAUCUUACCCGGAGCUUCUGAGGGCAAUUUGGAGGAUGAGAAGACUCGUAAGAAGCGAGAGAAGAUGGAGAAGAAGGCCUCGAGGGGCAAGGUCAUGAAGAUGAGAAACCGAUAAAUUUGACCUGUCAUAGAUGUAAACUCUGCUAAAUUGUUGGUCUUAUCUCCUGGAGGCACACAGAUACUGCUUGUGGAAUUCCAGUCUCGGUUGGAUUUGCCAUUUAAGUCAAGAGAUUGAAUCGGAUUGUAGGACUGUCUCGGAAAAUCCUUGGAAUGGUGAUGCAAUGGUUUUUGAAUACUCUGUCAGCUGUGAAUACUGUGAUUCUCAUUUUUCCCUCUUUUUCUGUAGCAAUUACUGAAAAGCAGUAAAAAGUUUAGCAGCUAAUUUAGUAAGCUUUUGAGCAAGCAAGGCAAGACCCUUUUCUGUUUUUGUAUUUGCAAUUAUUUUGAUGAGGAGUACAACAGUACAGUAAGAUUA